AUGAAUAUGAAAUGGCCUAUCCAUACACAGCAGCGACUGAUAUCAAAAACUUCUUCGGUGUCUGUACACCCCAAUACGAAGGAAUUAAUAAAAGAAAAGCUGCAGCAACUCAUCAACGACGAAGCAGACUCGGUUGCAUCUAUUUCAGCUCCGCUUGCUGCAGCUCUUGACGUUAUUGUUGCUGCAAAUGCAGGAACAGCAACAGCAGCAACAGCAGCAGCUAUUGCUACCAGUGGAGCAACAGCAACAGCAACAGCAGCAGCAGAUGACCUGAUAUCGAUUGAGACGCAGCAGCAGCAGCAACAGCAGCAGCAGCAGCAGCAGCAGAAUGAACAGCUGCUGGAGCCGCUUUUUGCUUCAGCAUGGGGUCUCUCAUCCCGUCGCGUUGCAUUUCUAGACUUAGAGAAGCAACGCAUGAGCCUUCGUAAGAAGCAGCAACAGCAGCAGCAGCAGCAACAGCAGCAGCAGCAACCGCAGCAGCAGCAACAGCAGCAGCAGAUGAAGCGGAUAUUGUUGCCGUUGCUAGUCCAAGCAGAUGACGACCUUGGGGUGUAUGUACACCCCGUUGCUGCACCCCCAUCUCCCUUCUCUACAAUAAAAGGAUCAGUUGAUUUCUCUCUUUUGCUGCUGCGCUGCUCAAAGGCAGCAGAUGGAUCGCAGCAACUCCGCAUGCAGCUGCUGAAGGGAGAACUGCCGCAGCUCCUGUCCACAAUCAGACGCCUGCUGCAGCAGCAGCAACAGCAGCAGCAACAGCAGCAACAGCAGCAGCAGCAGCAGCAGCAGCGAGGAGAUGGCUUUGUGAAUGACGCAGCUUGUGCAGCAGUGGCAUUGCUGCAAUCUGUUGUUGCAGCAGAUGUUUCUGCUGCUGCUGCUGCUCCUGUAGCUCCUGCUGCUGCAGCCGCUCCUGAUCCUGCUUCUGCUGCUGCUUCUGCUGCUGCUUCUGCUGCUGCCUCUCCUGCUGCUGCUUGUGCUGCUGGGGGGCCGAAAUUGAUUCCUUUGUGUUCGUCUUUAUCACCAUCUGAGGGGAGUUGUGUUUUAUCUCGUUUGCUGCUGCUGCUGCUGCAGCACUCCAUCGAUUGCCUCGUUGCUGCAGCGCAGCAGCUGCCGCCGUCGCUGCUGCUGCAUGCACUCGGAGCGUCGAUACACCUCAGCAUAUACAGACCGAGGGGGUUGCUGCCUCCUGCACAAACAGAGCCGCUGCUGCUGCAGCUGCUGCCUGCUGCUCGUCUGCUGCUGCAGCAGCACCAACGCAACCUCAACGAACUCUUUGCAGAGGAUCAACAAGACAACAACAACAGCAACAGCAGCAGCAACAGCAGCAGCAGCAGCAGCAGCAGCAGCAGCAGCAGGUUCAGCUCUCCAGAGUUUCCUCUUCGUGUUGCUGCGUUUGUGCUGCCGCUGUUGGGUUGGGUGCACCGCUUCGGUUUAGCUGCUUCGAUAGAAAACACUGCUGAUGUGCUUGCGGCUCUGGCCGACUGUGUUGGUCUGUAA